UCCCGUAAAUCAAUUAAAUGACUCAAAUUGAAGUAAAACACAAACAAACAUAAACUUAUCAGGGAAACCUUGAAGCCGACUUUAGAGGCUACUAAUCUGCAGGGAGAUAAAGCUGGAAUGGGGUCUCCACCUGCUGGUGACCUAGACUAUCAGUGACCAGAGAUGCCUUUAAAAGGAGCUGCCUUGGCAGGCGGAUCCAUUAGUUAGCCGCUGAAAAUGCCGCGAACGAAAACCGUAGAAUGGAUCACCUUUAGCCUGGUGCUCCUCAGUUGGGCCAAAGUGGAGGCAGGAUGGGUGGCUCCUCCAACCACUCCCCAUCCCAACGAAAUGAUCCUGAACCGCCUGCUGGGCUACAUGGACACCAAGGCGAAUCCCUGCCAGGACUUCCAGAAGUACGCCGGUGGCAAGUACGAGGAUCAGCACGAGGACGACAGCUACAGCGAGUUGCUGGGCGAGAUGCAGUCGGCGGUGAACGAUCGCUUCCUCGCCAUCUUCGAGACACUCAGCGCUCAGGUUCUCAUUGACCAGGAGAGUGUGGAGGCCAAGGUGCUGCGGUUCUACCAGACGUGUCGCACGGCCACCAACGAAUCGCGAUCGGAGAAGCACUACCUGCAGCUGGUGGAGCCGGAUGUGGCCUUCACCUGGCCGCAGUUCGCCCGGAGUCGCAGUGCCUGGCCCAAGUCGCAGUUCCAAUGGAUGCACACCCUGGCGCGAUUGCGUCGCUUCGGCUUCGAUAACCUGCUGGUCAAGGUCAACGUGAAGCUGGACUUUGUGGACAGCAGCAAAUAUAUGGUGACCAUCGAUCGUCCAACCUUCGACGAUGCUACCGAGCGACUGAAGAACUUUGCCAGCACCAAGAAGCUGCUCAUCCGACUGGGCGUGGCCAGGGGUAGGGCCUUGGCUAUGGCCAAGAACAUCAAGCGUCUGGAGUCGGCCGUUAGGCAGCUGGCCGAUGUGGAGGACGAGCCCAACGAUGACUUGACCCUGCGGGAGCUGGAGUCCCAGAACGGAUUACCUUGGCGGCAGUAUCUGCGCAUCCUCUUCGGUCGCAGUUUCCCCGAAAACUUCGAGGUGCAGAUCCAGAACGUGGACUACUUCGUGGAGCUGAAGAAGCUGAUGGACACCUACGACGCCGAGGUGAUUGCCAUCUACAUGAUGGCCCGCUUCGCGCGCUUCAUGAAGGAGACCAGCCAGAGUGAUGCCGAGAACGAGGCGUACGAGUGCAUCAAGGAUACGAGAAUUCAUAUGGAUUUCGGCAGUAACUUCCUGUACGAGAGCAAGCACUUCAGCGACUACAACACCGAAGUCCAGGAGAUUUUCAACGCAGUGAGAGCACCACUUCUGGCCAGGAUCGAGGCCAAUCGACUGAAGUUGAGUCCACGGCAGAAGAACGAGCUGAAGCAGAAGAUCCAGUCGAUCAACCUCAACGUGGGCAACAAACCGAGGAACCAGAAUCACCGCACCUUCGUCACCAACUUCUACAGGGAUCUGCAACUGCCCAAGGAUCAGGAUUACGCAGCUGCUCAGCUAAAGGCACUGGAGAUCCGAUCCCUGCGUGUUUUGGAGCUGUUGGACCAGCCGGCGCCCAAGGGAGAUUCUAUGUAUUCCCUGUCGGACACCCUGGGCACCACCACACCGGAGCCGACCUACCAAAUCAGGGAGAACACCAUUUUCCUGCCCACCGAUGUCCUGCAGAGUCCGUUCUUCGUUCCCCAGAGCCACGAUGUCUUCAAGGUGAGCUUCCUUGGCUUCAUGAUCGCCCAGAAACUUGUGGAGGCCCUGCUGCCCCAAUCACUAUUGUACACCGCCAUCGGAAAUCCCACGAUUAAGUUCGCUGAGAUUGAAACCAAUGAGAAUUAUGCCCAGGGCCUAAAUUGCCUGAAGAGCAAUGCCACUGAGUAUUUGGACCAGCGAGUGGUGGAUGUGACGGCUUUGAAGAUGGUCUAUGAGGCCUACUUUGGAGCGGGUUCAAAGUUCAGUCAGUUGCAACCCAGCUUCACCACGAUGACCCUGCCACAACUGUUCUUCCUGAACUACGCCCAGAAUCUGAUUGGAGACGAGGAGCAUGUGGAGUUCGUUGGCGAGGAUCCGGACAAGGUGCGUCUCCAUCAAACGCUGGCCAACCUGGCUGGUUUUGGCCAGGCCUUCAACUGUCCCUAUUCGAGCCCCUUAAACCCGGUGGUUAAGUGCGAUGUCUGGUAAACUUGAUCUUGCAAUUGCUUCG